CCGUUCAACAUGUUUGUCCUGUGCCGCGUAGCUGACGUGAUCCAAGUGGCGCCCGAGCUCUUCUCGGCGGACUACUCGAGUGUCCUGAUAGAAGAGAUCGACCGAAAGUAUGCGAACAAAGUGAUUGCCGACGUCGGUCUGUGCAUUACGCACUACGACUUCAUUGAAAUCGGGGACGCGUACGUUCAUCCAUCCGAUGGCACUUCCCACACAGACGUGAUCUUUCGAAUGGUUGUCUUUCGUCCGUUCAUUGGGGAAAUCCUAAAGGGGAAAAUCAUCAACUGCACGGAAGAACACAUCCGAGUGUCAAUGGAGUUUAUGCAGGACAUCAUCAUCCCAUCCUACGCCAUGCAAAAUCCGUCGUUCUUUGACAAGACAGAAAGGUUAUGGGAGUGGAAGUUUCCUGGCCGCGAAGACGACCAAGACCCGUACUAUAUGUACCUGAAUGAAGAGGUCAGAUUUCGAGUGACCAACAUCAACUUUACUCGAGUGCUCAAGACAGCAAAUGGUCCCCCACCGCCGUCGCAAUCGCCAUCCUUGCCUGCUUACGUUCAUGUGCUGUAGGCAUGCAAGCAGUCACGGAGGCCGCAGACACCAAGCCCGAUAAAAGCGAAAACCCGACGCGGCGCCGGUCGUCCAGCGUCGACCUAUCGGACACGGACCCCAAACCCGCCGCUCUGCAAAUCAUCGGAACGAUCGAUGAAGACGGCCUCGGGUUGUCGUCGUGGUGGGUCGAGUCGUAGGUCCGACGACAGCCGUGAACAACACCGCGACCGAAUGGAUGGGGCAUAUUUUGCAACACGACGAUAUACGACUACUAUUGCUACUUCACGUCCGACUACUUCUUUCGAAUGACUGCUUCUAAGAUCGUUCGCAUAAACCGCGUGAGUUCGGACCGUUGAAAACUGAGCUCGUCCUACGUGCCCACUUUUGACAACGAAGAAUUGUGUAAAUAUGUACCAAGAGAAAGUCGGGAACAAGCGGCGCUGCCUGCCGCUUCUGGUGGUCCACUUCUUCCAUGGAUGGACUGUACUCGAGUUGGUCCCGCGGGUUGGUUGGAAUCGCCACGUUGAAGCUAAACUGCUUGGCAUCCAGCGAGUCGAUCGCCCGACACGACACCUCGACUUUGUCAUCGCUGGAACUCUUCAAAUUGAUAUGCAAGCUCGACAAGAGCUCGUAGAUUCCCAACAACUACGUCAAUAGACCACUUCAUAACAAAUGGAAAUCCCCCCAUGACGUUCUCCAA